UUAUUCAUCUUCACACUAGCCACCACUCAAGUUUGAGAAACCCCAUAAACAUAAUCAGAGCUGAAACAAAUAGAAGACAAAAUCCCAAAACAAUUAAUAAGAACCUUUCAAAAUCUGGACUUGUUGAGUCUAUCUUGGGCAAUGAUAGUAUCAAAGAUGCAAUCUUUUUCAACAUAUUCAUAUCUUUCUUUCUUCUUUCUCUUUACAACUUUGAGUUUUGUGAAAACUGUCUUGACCCAAGAUGGGUUUUGCUCUGCACCAUUAAGAAUUGAUGCUGAUUCCAAUUCUCAGCGGCUUUACUGGAAAGUUACUAACCCCACACUUUCCCCUUCUCAUCUUCAAGACUUGCCGGGUUUUACUCGUAGUGUGUAUAAGAAGGACCAUGCUUUCAUUACUCCUGAAAGCCAAGUAUUUAGCCCUCUACCUGAUUGGACAAAUACUUUAGGCGCCUAUCUAAUCACACCAGCAAUUGGCUCGCAUUUUGUCAUGUUCUUGGCAAAGAUGCAAGAAAAUUCAAAAUCAGGGCUCCCUCCUAGUGAUGUUGAAAGGUUCAUAUUUGUGGUCCAGGGAAGUGCGGUUCUCACCAACAUAUCUGGGAAUGUCCACAAACUGAAAGUUGAUUCAUAUGCUUAUCUGCCUCCCAAUUUGGAUCACACAGUGGAAACUGAUGCAGCUGCUACGCUUAUUUUAUUUGAAAGGAGGUAUUCUGGCAUGGAAAAUCAUGUUACUGAGCAAAUUGUCGGUUCAACAGACAAGCAACCCCUUCUUGAAACUCCUGGCGAGAUUUUUGAGCUAAGGAAGCUUCUUCCAACGUCUUUAGCUUAUGAUUUCAAUAUACACAUCAUGGAUUUUCAACCAGGAGAAUUCCUCAAUGUCAAGGAAGUUCAUUAUAACCAGCAUGGUUUGCUGCUGUUGGAGGGGCAAGGCAUUUAUCGACUAAGUGAUAGCUGGUACCCAAUUCAAGCAGGUGAUGCUAUUUGGAUGGCACCAUUUGUACCUCAAUGGUAUGCUGCUCUGGGCAAGACGCGUUCACGCUACUUGAUAUAUAAAGAUGUAAAUAGGAAUCCACUGUAGUGACAUUCAUCUUUUC